AUGACAGAAGCUCCACAGCCCAACGCUACCUUCUCACACCCAACCUUCUUCAUAAUGACUGGCAUCCCAGGGCUAGGGGGUGCACAGGCCUGGCUGACACUGGUCUUUGGGCCCAUGUAUCUGCUUUCCCUGCUGGGGAAUGGAGCACUGCUGGCAGUGGUGCAGACAGACUCCACACUGCAUCAGCCCAUGUUUCUGCUCCUGGCCACCCUGGCAGCCACAGAUCUGAGCUUAGCCACAUCGAUAGCUCCAGGGCUGCUGGCUGUGCUGUGGCUCGGGCCCCGGCCUGUGCCAUACGCUGCCUGCCUGGUGCAGAUGUUCUUUGUUCAUGCACUGACAGCUGUGGAAUCCGGUGUACUGUUGGCCAUGGCCUGUGACCGUGCUGUGGCAGUCGGGCGUCCAUUGCACUACCCCAUCCUAGUCACCAAAGCCCGUGUGGGGUAUGCAGCUCUGGCACUGGCACUAAAAGCUGUGGCUAUUGUUGUGCCUUUCCCUCUGCUGGUUGCACGGUUUGAGCACUUCCAAGCCCAGACCAUAGACCAUGCCUACUGUGCACACAUGGCAGUGGUGGAGCUGGUGGUGGGUAACACACGAGCCAACAACUUAUACGGGCUGGUGCUUUCGUUGGCUGUGUCAGGUAUAGAUAUUCUAGGCAUCACGGGCUCCUAUGGGCUCAUCGCCCACACGGUGCUGCAGCUGCCUACCCAGGAAGCCCGUGCCAAGGCCUUUGGUACCUGCAGUUCCCACAUCUGUGUCAUUCUAGCCUUCUAUGUGCCUGGUCUCUUCUCCUACCUCACACACCGCUUUGGUCGUCACACCGUCCCCAAGCCUGUGCACAUCCUUCUCUCUAACAUCUAUUUGCUGCUGCCACCUGCCCUUAACCCUCUCAUCUAUGGGGCCCGCACCAAGCAGAUUAGGGACCGGCUCCUAGAAAUCUUCACACUCAAGAAAAGCCAGUUCUAA